GAAACUUAUUCCGGCACGUCUCGGCCUCACCAUCCCUAAAUACCUGCCGGAAUCCACCGCCAACUGCCACCAAAUUACAAAAACACCCCCUCAUCACUUUUACUAGAAACGUGGAAAAAAAAGAUAAAAAGAAAUGCAAAUUUCAUUAUAUAAGGGAGUGUGGAACGCGUGUGUGACUAGGCUACAAUCGUUUUCUCCGCCGUUUCUCUUUCCUCCCAUACACAUUGAACCCAAAAAGCUACUGAGAAGUAGUAGCAGUAAUAGAUACAGAUACAGAUAUAGAGAGAGAAACUGUGGAGAGAGAAAGUGUAGGGUUGGGGCGAUGCCUGAAGAUCAUGGAGUGCUGCGUAAUUUCAAGCUAAACGAGUCCACGUUCUUAGCUUCUCUCAUGCCUAAGAAAGAGACUGGUGCCGAUCGGUUCAUUGAAGCUCAUCCCGAGUUCGAUGGCCGGGGCGUCCUUAUUGCUAUAUUCGAUUCUGGUGUGGACCCAGCUGCUACUGGAUUACAAGUUACCUCAGAUGGGAAGCCAAAAGUCCUAGAUGUCAUUGAUUGUACUGGGAGUGGAGAUAUUGAUACCUCAAAUGUAGUGAAGGCUAAUGCCGAUGGUUGCAUUCUUGGAGCUUCAGGGGCAUCUCUUGCUGUAAAUUCUUCAUGGGAGAACCCUUCUGGGGAAUGGCAUGUGGGUUAUAAAUUAGUAUAUGAGCUUUUUACAAACACAUUGACUUCUCGUUUGAAGAAAGAACGAAAAAAGAAGUGGGAUGAGAAAAAUCAGGAAGUGAUAGCUGAGGCUGUAAAGCAUCUUGAUGAAUUUGACAAGAAGCACAUAAAGGUUGAGGAUGCUAACUUGAAAAGGGCUCGUGAAGACCUCCAGAACAGAGUUGAUUUUCUACGAAAGCAAGCUGAUAGCUACGACGACAAGGGGCCUGUUAUAGACGCUGUUGUGUGGCAUGAUGGAAAAGCAUGGAGGGCUGCUCUUGACACUCAAAGUCUUGAGGAUGAAACAGAGUGUGGGAAACUUUCCAACUUUGUACCUCUAACUAAUUAUCGGAUUGAACGAAAAUUUGGCAUUUUUAGCAAACUAGAUGCUUGUACUUUUGUUGCCAAUAUAUAUGAUGAAGGGAAUGUAUUGAGUAUUGUAACUGAUAGCUCCCCACAUGGCACUCACGUUGCUGGUAUUGCUACUGCUUUCCACCCAAAGGAACCUCUGUUGAAUGGAAUUGCACCUGGAGCACAGUUAAUUUCAUGUAAAAUUGGCGACUCACGAUUAGGUUCAAUGGAAACAGGAACCGGACUGACACGAGCAUUGAUAGCCGCUGUGGAGCACAAAUGUGAUCUCAUCAACAUGAGUUAUGGAGAGGCUACAUUGCUGCCGGACUAUGGACGCUUUGUUGACCUUGUUAAUGAAGUUGUGAAUAAGCACCGUCUAAUAUUUGUCAGCAGUGCUGGCAACAAUGGCCCUGCCUUGAGCACUGUGGGUGCACCUGGUGGUACCACCUCAAGCAUAAUAGGAGUUGGUGCAUAUCUCUCUCCUGUCAUGGCUGCUGCAGCUCAUUCUGUAGUUGAAGCUCCUUCUGAAGGGCUUGAAUACACUUGGUCUAGCCGAGGGCCAACAGUUGAUGGGGAUCUUGGUGUUUGCAUAAGUGCUCCUGGUGGGGCAGUGGCUCCCGUCCCUACAUGGACUCUUCAGCGACGCAUGCUUAUGAAUGGAACAUCAAUGUCAUCUCCAUCUGCUUGUGGGGCAAUAGCUUUACUUGUCAGUGCCAUGAAGGCUGAGGGCAUCCCUGUGAGUCCAUACAGUGUUCGAAAAGCCCUUGAGAAUACAUCUAUUCCUGUGGGUGAUUUGCCAGAAGAUAAAUUAUCUGCCGGUCAAGGGCUUAUGCAAGUGGACAAGGCAUAUGAAUACAUUCAGAAAUUGCAUAAUGUUCCAUGUGUUUGGUAUCACUUAAAAAUCAAUCAAGCUGGAAAAUCAACCCCAGCAUCACGAGGCAUCUACCUUAGGGAGGCUAGUGCUUGCAAGCAAUCUACGGAGUGGACGGUGCAAGUUGAACCAAUGUUCCAUGAAGAUGCAAGCAAUUUAGAACAAUUGGUUCCUUUUGAAGAGUGUAUUGAGUUACAUUCUAGCGGAAAAGCUGUUGUGAGAGCUCCUGAGUACAUCCUUCUCACUCAUAAUGGGCGUAAUUUCAACAUAGUUGUGGAUCCUACCAAUCUUAGUGAUGGUUUGCAUUUCUAUGAACUCUAUGGGAUAGACUGCAAGGCCCCAUGGCGUGGUCCUCUUUUCAGAAUUCCAAUUACUAUAACAAAGCCAAUGGCUGUAAGAAAUCGACCUCCACUGAUUUCAUUUUCAGGGAUGUCGUUUCAACCAGGUCAAAUUGAACGGAGAUAUAUUGAGGUACCAAUUGGUGCUACUUGGGUCGAGGCAACCAUGCGAACAUCGGGGUUUGAUACUGCUAGAAAAUUUAUGCUUGACAGAAUUCAGAUCAGCCCAUUGCAAAGGCCUAUGCAAUGGGAACGUGUAAUUACAUUUUCUUCUCCUUCAGCCAAAAGCUUUGCCUUUCCGGUGGAGGGUGGUCGGACAAUGGAAUUAACGAUAGCUCAAUUUUGGUCAAGUGGCAUAGGGAGUCAAGAAACCACUGUUGUAGACUUUGAGAUUGCUUUCCAUGGUAUUCACAUCAACAAAGAGGAAGUGAUACUUGAUGGAAGUGAAGCACCUGUUAGAAUUGAUGCUGAAGCUUUUCUAUCAUCGGAGAAACUCGUUCCAGUUGCAAUUCUAAACAAGAUGAGAUUCCCAUAUCGUCCUGUUGAUGCUAAACUGAGUGCUCUUUCAGCAGAACGUGACAGACUACCCUCAGGCAAACAGAUUCUAGCAUUGACAUUAACAUACAAGUUUAAAUUGGAAGAUGGAGCUGAAGUAAAACCUCAAAUUCCCUUGCUUAACAAUCGCAUCUAUGACAAUAAGUUUGAGUCUCAAUUUUAUAUGAUAUCAGAUUCAAACAAGCGAGUACAUGCUAUGGGUGAUGUAUAUCCAGAAUACAAAAAACUUCCCAAGGGUGAAUAUAGUUUACAGCUAUAUUUGAGGCAUGACAAUGUGCAAUACUUGGAGAAGAUGAAGCAAUUGGUGUUGUUCAUUGAAAGAAAUUUGGAGGAGAAGGAAGUCAUUCGAUUGAACUUUUUUGCUCAACCAGAUGGUCCAGUGAUGGGUAAUGGUAGCUUUAAAUCCUCAGAUUUAGUUCCUAGAGUGAAAGAAGCAUUUUAUGUGGGCCCUCCAACCAAAGACAAACUCCCAAAGAAUUCUCCCCAAGGAUCGGUGUUGCUUGGAGCAAUCUCAUAUGGAAAGGUUUCAUCUGGGAUUCAAGAAGAGGGGAAAAAUCCUCAAAAAAACCCUGUAUCUUAUCAGCUAUAUUAUCAAGUGCCACCUCAUAAGGUUAUUAGAUUUGAUGCCCCAUGUAAUUUCCUUUCACUUGACGAAGACAAAGGAAAGGGUUCCUCUACAACUUGCACGAAAAGUGUGUCUGAAUGUUUAGAAGAAGAGGUUCGGGAUGCCAAGAUCAAGAUUUUGGCAAGCCUAAAACAAAGCACUGAUGAAGAACGCUCAGAAUGGAAAAAAUUAUCCAUCUCUCUUAAGUCUGAGUACCCAAAGUACACUCCAUUGCUUUCUAAAAUAUUGGAGGGUUUGCUAUCCCAGAAUAAUGUCGAAGACAAGAUUCAUCAUUAUGAAGAGCUUAUAGAUGCAGCAGAUGAGAUAGUUGAUAGUAUUGACAGAGAUGAAUUAGCAAAAUAUUUGUCCCUCAAAAGUGAUCCAGAAGAUGAGGAGGCAGAGAAGACAAAGAAGAAGAUGGAAACAACCCGUGAUCAGUUAGCAGAAGCACUGUAUCAAAAAGGAUUAGCUCUGGCAGAGAUUGAAUCUUUGAAGGGAGAUAAGGCUCCUGCUUUAGCUUCAACUGAAGAUGCAAAAGUUACAAGUAAGAGUGAUGAUCAAUCUGCACCGGACUCUAAUGCCCCACUAGAUUUGUUUGAAGAAAACUUCAAAGAACUAAAGAAAUGGGUGGAUGUGAAAUCUUCUAAAUAUGGCACCCUCUCAGUAAUACGUGAGAGACGUUCUGGAAGACUUGGAACUGCACUGAAGGUACUAAAUGACAUGAUCCAAGAUGAUGGCGAUCCUCCGAAGAAGAAGCUUUAUGAAUUAAAACUUUCGUUGCUUGAGCAGAUUGGAUGGAGCCAUUUGGUGUCGUAUGAGAAACAGUGGAUGCUCGUACGCUUCCCAUCAAGUCUUCCUCUUUUUUGAGAGAUUCCAAGUUCACCCCAGCCGGAACGAGGAUUCCUGCUUCAUUGGCAGUCUGAGACCUUGGUGAUGUUGGGCCCUUACGAAGCUAUUACUCUAUUACAAAAGCAUAGCAUGUCUGCAUUGGUCGACUUGAACCAAUCAUGAAAUGGUUGGAAUCACUUCAUAGUAUCGAAGGGAAGGGCUUUGUGCGUGUGCAAAAGAAGUCGCUAAUCCAACUCUCACUUUGUAGUUUGAUCCUCCUUAGCACAUGAUGAAGUAGCCAUUCUCUUCAGUGUUUCACAUUCAUUGUUCUCAUUGUGAACAGACUAAUAAGAUCGACAGAGUAGUGGACUGCAAUUACCUGAGGGAUUUCUCAGAAAACUAAAUCCUUCCGUUCUCUCUUUUCCCAAUAAUCAAAUUGAUAGAUAACUGUUUUUUUUAA